AUGGUGAACGUCUUAAAACACUAUAGGCCAGAGUGGGUGCUUGCAGAAAUGAGGAGAACAUUCUGGAUCAUACAUGGAAGAGAGGCAAUUCGCAAGUAUCAGCGCAAGUGCACUACAUGCCGGAAAUGGAGAGCCAAGCCAGAGGCUCCCAAGAUGGCUGAUUUACCGUCAGCACGACUUCGAUUAUUCAAGCCGGCAUUUUAUUCCACUGGAAUAGACUGUUUUGGUCCUUUGAUUGUGAAGGUUGCUCGGAGAUUGGAGAAGAGAUUGGGCAUUCUCUACAAAUGUUUGACAACUAGGGCUGUUUAUCUCGACAUUGUGGAGAAAAUGGACACAGAUUCAUUUCUGAUGUCCCUUAGACGAAUCAUAUCAAGACAUGGCAAGCCUUAUGAACUGUUAUGUGACGGAGGUACAAAUUUCCGAGGUGGCCAGAGAGAGCUUGAAGAAGCAUGGUUUGCAAUGACUCCUUCCCUGAUUCAACAGCUGGCAAAACAGAAAAUCUGUUUUCGGUUUAAUCCACCUAGUGCUCCACACUUCGGUGGUGCAUUGGAACGGGAGAUUAAGUGUAUAAAGGAUGGACUUAAGGUAACUUUGGGAGAUCAAUCAGUCACUGAGCCUGUACUUCAAACAGUAUUUGCUGAAGUUGAAGGCAUUUUGAACUCUAAACCAUUAGGUUAUGUGUCUAGUGAUGUGCGUGACAUCGAUCCCAUUACUCCCAAUGUGCUGCUAAUGGGACGCCUGGAUCAAUCCCUUCCACAAGGGGUCUACCCCGCCAGUGAAAUCAUAGGGCGACGCAGGUGGCGGCAUCGUCAAAUCCUUUCCGAUCACUUUUGGAAGCGCUAUUUGAGACGUUACUUGCCAGAAAUGCAGUCAGGGAGCAAAUGGGUUACUGAUAAGAAGGAUCAGAAAGACAUUGACUGUAACGAUGUAGUGAUGAUUGUUGACCAACAAAGUGUAGGUGCCACAUGGUUAGUUGGAAGAGUGUCCAAGAUCCAUCCGAGUUGUCACGGAAGAGUUCGUGUUGCCACAGUAACUGUGGGUGACCGUGACAUUACGCGACCAGUCACACGUCUAAUCAGACUCCCAAGAUGCCCAGAUGAUGAUGAUUAA